CAUUCCGUGGUCUUGGCAGCUGGUAGUCCCAGGCUGACUCCAGAGCUCCAACAAGCCGGGGAGAGAUCGAGCGAGCGCUGUGCGUCAACGAUGGAGCGCUUCUAACCGUCACCGAUAGAUUCACCCGUCGGAGAUACCCGGCGGCGACCAAAGAUAACAGACGCGACACGCCACUGAAACAAUCAUGCAAUUCAAACACAGACAAAUUUAAUCGACCGCUCGGUUCUUCAAGGUUACGCCGCUUGGAGACUCCAACAUCCUCGCUGUGAAGUCGAUCGCCGGUAACAAGCAUGUCUGUUGAUGAGCAGGGAUACCCCAACCCUCAGCUUUUGCUGGAGGCCAGGCCCGAGUGGAUGCGGAUCGAGAUCGAGCGUCUCUCCCGGGAGCUGACGGAGACCACGAACGAGAAGAUCCAGGCUGCGGAGUACGGGCUGGCGGUGCUGGAGGAGAAGCAGCAGCUCAAACAGCAGUACGAUGACCUCGAGAUCGAGUAUGAGGCCGUCAGGCAGGAGCUGGACCAGCUGAAGGAGGCCUUCGGACAAGCCUACUCCAACCACAGGAAGGUGGCCGCCGAUGGGGAAAGCCGCGAGGAGUCUCUGAUCCAGGAGUCGGCCUGUAAGGAGGCCUACUACGAGCAGAGGGUCCUGGAGUUGCAAAACGAGCUUCGCCAGACACGCAACAUCCUCAUGAACACCCAGUCUGACAACGAGCGCCUGAAUAUCAUUUCCCAGGACUUGAGAGAGAACAGCCAGAUGGUGGAGCUGCAGAGGAAUCAGCUGCGCGACGACAUCAAGGAGUACAAGUUCCGAGAGGGCCGUCUGCUGCAGGACUACACCGAGCUGGAGGAGGAGAACAUCACCCUGCAGAAGCAGGUGUCCAUGCUGAAACAGAGCCAGGUGGAGUUUGAAGGGUUGAAGCAUGAAAUCCGUCGCCUGGAGGAAGAUACUCAGUUCCUGAACAGCCAGUUGGAGGACGCCAUCCGUCUGAAGGAGAUCGCAGAGCGGCAGCUCGGGGAAGCCCUGGAGACCAUCAAGACAGAGCGUGAGCUGAAAGCCUCUUUGAGGAAGGAGCUGUCGCACUACAUGAACAUCGGCGACACUCUGUAUAACAGUCCCCUCAGCAUCUCCCUGGAUGGGCUCAAGUUCAGCGACGACGCCGCCACCGAACCCAACAACGACGACGCCCUGCAUGGAUUUGAGAACGGCUUCAACAAACUGGCCAACGUCAUCGCCGACGACAACAGGAUUUCCCCGGCCAAGAAGGAGGAGCUGUUCAACCCGGCGCCCAGUCUCGUGGACGACCUGCUCAGCGAGCUGCACAUCUCUGAAAUCCAGAAACUCAAACAACAGCUUGUGCAGAUGGAGCGGGAGAAGGUCAACCUGCUGUCCAACCUGCAGGACUCCCAGAAACAACUUGAGCAGGCUAACGGCGCUCUGUCGGAGCAUCAGGAGAAGGUCAACCGCCUCACGGAGAACCUCAACGCCAUCCGCAAGCUCCAGGCCAGCAAGGAGCGCCAGUCAGCCCUGGACAACGAGAAGGAGCGCGACAGCAACGAAGACGGGGACUACUACGAAGUGGACAUCAACGGACCUGAAAUCCUGGAGUGCAAGUACAAGGUGGCCGUGUCUGAAGCAGGAGAGCUGAAGGAGGAGCUCAAGACUCUUAAAGCCGAAUAUCAGGCUUGUCAAUCUCGGUACGAAGAAGAACGCACCCGUUUGGAGAACGACGUCACAGCGCUGGGCCAGAAGCUGGCUACCCUGGAGAAGUCAAGAACAUCAGAGAUCGAGGAGAAGGCUCAGUUGGAGAAGGAGCUGCGCAAGUUGACCGAUGUAGCGGGCGAGUCGCAGGGCAGCCUCAGCGUGGCCCAGGACGAGCUGGUCACCUUCAGCGAAGAGCUCGCCACCCUCUACAACCACGUGUGCAUGUGCAACAACGAGACCCCCAACCGCGUCAUGCUCGACUUCUAUAAGGAAGGCAAGGGCGGUCGCAGCAGCCCAGAGGGCCGCGGUCGCCGCUCCCCCAUUCUGCUCAGCAAAGGCCUCUUCUCCGACAGCAACAAGAGCGACAUUAGUGAUGGAAGCCCGUCCCCCGUCUCCUCCCUCCCAUCUCCGGUGUCCGACCACCGACGUGAGCCCAUGAACAUCUACAACUUGGUGGCCAUCAUCAGAGAUCAAAUCAAGCACCUGCAGUUGGCGGUGGACCGAACCACAGAGUUGUCGCGGCAGAGGGUGGCCACUCUGGAGCUGGGCACCGUCGCAGACAAGGACAAGGAGGCUUGCAUGGAGGAGAUCCUCAAACUGAAGUCCCUUCUCAGCACCAAGAGGGAGCAGAUUGCCACGCUGAGGGCCGUCCUGAAAGCCAACAAGCAGACGGCUGAAGUGGCCAUGGCCAACCUGAAGAGCAAGUACGAGAAUGAGAAGGCCAUGGUGACCGAGACCAUGAUGAAGCUGAGGAACGAACUCAAAGCGCUGAAAGAAGAUGCUGCCACCUUUUCAUCCCUGCGAGCGAUGUUCGCCACGCGGUGUGACGAGUACGUCACGCAGCUGGACGAGAUGCAGCGGCAGCUGGCCGCAGCGGAGGACGAGAAGAAGACCCUCAACUCCCUGCUGCGCAUGGCCAUCCAGCAGAAACUGGCUCUGACUCAGCGCCUGGAAGACCUGGAGUUCGACACUGAGCAGACGCGCCGUGGUGGCUCGGGGGGGCGCGCUAAAACCCGAAGCAGGGCCCCUCACGGAAGCAACUCCAACGUAAGUCAGAGUCUCACCUGCUCCGGCCGACCGGAGCACCACAACGCUCUGCCCAGCGGCAUCUUGGGAGGCCCGGCGGUCUUCUGCAGCGAGAAGUACAAGAUCUACUGCGACUGAGAUGCAGGACCGCUGUGUACAGAUGUUUAAGAGCCCCACUCGCUCGCUUAGCUUCAUGCUAACCAGCCGUCCGUGUUGUGCUAGUGUAAACGCUUAAGGGAAUGUGUACAGUGUGCACUAGAGUUCGGAUUGUAUUAGACAUGUAUGGCAUGUGGGCCCGAUCGAACAGGGGGUUUUGUGAUUGUUUAUGGGGUGUCUAUUCUUUCCUUUGUCGACGUGCGCAGCGUAUAUGUUGAAAAGGCUUUGGUGUUUGGUCCCUGAGUGUUUUACCUGGUCUUUGUAACGCGCGGGGCAGUGACUUGUAAAGAUGUGUCGGCGCUGGUGCUCCUGUCUAAAGUCCUGGCUCCCCCAGGACUGAUCUGUCAGCUCAUUGACAAGCAUGCAAAUAUUCAGAAUUCUGCCGAUUCUAUUCGAUCAGCUAAGGAGCACCAGUGACCGCGGGCUUGUGCUCCGGGAUGACGAUGAUGAUGACGACUAGCACACCGGCGCAGCAGUAGAACCGCAUGGCUUUGCCGCUGAAUCGCUUAUAAGCGUCUUGAUUUUAUUUUUCUAUGUGAUAUAUGAGUGGAAAAAAAAGCAAACAGGGCUCUACAUGAAGCAAACAAAUGGUUGUCAGGCGACAGCUCCAGUGUGGUCUCUCUCCCCACGUCCAAGUGAAGUGCACUUCAGCACAGGUGCCUCAAGUUAAACGGCAAACACAGAUCGUUUUGAAACAAAAAGAGCACAAAAAAAGGCACCAUAUCUGAUACAAAGCUCGGCAGAAGUGCCUGACAACUAAAACAUCCGUCGAUGUAAAGCCCUGUCUUAACCGGAGCUGUCCUUCCUCGCCCUACAUUUGCUUUUGUCGGGGAAGUGGCUCAACUCAUUAUGUGGCUGAGAAUUUGUUCCUUAUGUCUCUAACCAGUGUCUUGUUGCUUGGUCUUCGGCCUCUUCUCUUUUAGAUUGUCAGCAGCUUGUUCCCCCGGCAGCCCCUUUAACUAGAGAGAAUAUUCCCGUCAGGUAAACGCCCCCCUCCUCCCCCACUCCUGCCUGUGUGUGUGUGCGUGUGUCCCUGCGAGGGCCACCCUCGGCGUGUGCUUUUUUUUUUUUUUUUUUUUCGUGAGGAAGGUUGUGGUUUUCUCUAUAGCUUUAA